AUGAGGCAGCCUUGGCUGCAGCAACUGGAUGACUGCAAAGUUGAAGAUCCUGAGAGGAGUGAGCAAGCUGAAGAAGAGGAUGACAACCCUGGGCUGCAGAAGGGCAGAUUUGGCCUGUUGGGUUUCCCACAGGAAGCUGCCCUGGAGGGCAGAGGGCCCAGCAGAGCUGGGCUUGCCGUCAGGGUUCCCAGUUCCCCGAGCUUGCUAGCAGACUCUGUGGGCAUGAAGCAGUACCCCACAGUAAAGGAAGGUAGAGUUAAAAAUCACUUGGGCCAAUUAAACAUAGAUGAGUCCAUGGGACCCGGAAGGAUGUGUCCAAGUGUGCUGAAGGGGCUGGGCGAUGUUACUGCAGAGCUGUUCCCCAGCAUCUUCAAGAGGCCAUGGCAGCUGGGGGAGGUUUCAAGUGACUGGAAAAAGGCAAACAUCACACACCCCGUCCUCAGGAAGGGCAAGGAAGAAGAUGCAGCAAAAUCUCCACAAAAAGCAAACCUGAGCAGGGGCAAGUCUUCCAGAACUAUCACUUUUGAGCAAUUUAAGGAAGCUCUUCAAGAACUCUCCAAGAAGCGAUUUAAGGACAAGAGUGAUGAGGAAGCAGUUCAAGAAAUAUAUAAACUAAUUGAAGGAAAAGCCCCGAUUAUAUCUGGAGUAACGAAAGCCAUUUCAUCUCCAACUGUAUCACGCCUCACAGAUACAACAAAAUUCACGGGCUCUCACAAAGAGAGGUUUGAUCCCAGUGGGAAAGGAAAAGGCAAAGCUGGCCGAGAAGAUCUGGUGGAUGAUUCAGGAUAUGUAUCUGGCUAUAAGCAUGCAGGCACAUAUGAUCAUAAAGUACAAGGAAGCAAGUAA